CAGCCCAGUUUCCGGAAGAGCAACUGGUGCAAGUUUAAUGGACAAGGAAGCGAUAUUUGUUUAGGUUUAGUCCGGAGAACACGCAAACCUUUCUUUUCUCACAUAGUCUGGCUCUUUUUUAAAAAAAAAAUCGUUAGGAUGCCUUUAUUUGCCCAAAAUCCUUUUGACCAAGAUGUCGAGAAGGCAACCAAUGAAACCAACACGACAGAUGACUGGGGGCUAAUUAUGGACAUUUGUGAUAAGAUUGGAACAACAUCCAAUGGACCAAAGGACAGCUUGAGAUCCAUUAUGAAGAGAGUCAACCACAAAGUGCCUCAUGUUGCCAUGCAGGCCCUCAAUUUGCUUGGUGCUUGUGUAUCAAACUGUGGCAAAAUAUUCCACUUGGAAAUCUGUUCGAGAGAGUUUGCCAGUGAAGUACGAGGAGUGCUGAGCAAGGCUCAUCCCAAAGUGUCUGAAAAACUAAAAGCUCUGAUGGUGGAGUGGGCAGAAGACUUCCAGAAGGAUCCACAGCUCAGCCUCAUCGGUGCUACGAUCAAGUCUUUGAAAGAGGAAGGGGUCACCUUUCCCUCUGCAUCCUCACAGGGGUCCAGCACAAAGGGCAGCACACCUGCAGCAAGCAAAGCAUCAGAUGAUGAUGACCUGGCCAAAGCCAUCGAGCUGUCCUUGCAGGAGCAGAAGCAGCAGGCAGAGACGCGACCCGUGGCCGUAACUUCCGACCCCCCAAGCUACGCUAACGGAAGUGGUGGGCAGGAGGCCCGGAAGGUGCGAGCGCUGUAUGACUUCGAGGCUGCCGAGGACAAUGAGCUGACCUUCAAAGCUGGAGAAGUUAUUCUCGUUUUGGAUGACAGUGAUCCAAACUGGUGGAAAGGAGAGAACCACAGAGGAGUUGGGCUUUUCCCCUCCAACUUUGUCACAACCAAUCUGAAUGCAGAGCCAGAGCCAGUGGCUUAUGUUGAGAAGACAGCCAGUCCUGAAGAGACAAGCCUGGAAACCAAAGUUGAGCCCGAGCCUGUCUUCAUUGAUGAGGGGAAAAUGGACAGAACGCUGGCAAUGCUGCAGAAUGCAGAUCCUGCAGAUCCAUCCCCCGACUCCCCAGAGCUGAUCCAGCUGGAGGGUGCAUGUGAGCAGAUGAACCCGAUGAUUGAUGAGAAGUUGCAGGAGAUUGACAGGAAUCACUCAGAGUUGUCAGAGUUGAAUGUGAAGGUUUUGGAGGCCCUGGAGCUUUACAACAAGCUCAUGAAUGAGGCUCCAUUCUACUCAGCGUACAACAAGAUGCAGUCGCAGUACGCACCAGCCGGCUCAGCUGUGGCCAUGCAGGGCUACCUCGGACCAUCUGCUGGACCUUACAUGCCUCCAGCGAUGCCCCAGGUUCCCCCUGCUCAGCCCUACACUUUACCCAGUGACCAGCCCGGACCGCUGCAUUCACUCCCGCCCAAUGUCUCAGCACCACCCAACACCCAAGCUGCUCAGCCUCCCUACAUGACCAGCACUCAGUACAUCAACCAAGCCGCCGGAGCUCCUUACCCCCACCAGGCGGGUGUGGCCAUGGACAUGUCAGCCUAUCACAACUCCAGCAUGCCUCCUGUGUCAUAUCCUGUAGCUGUUCCACCUCACCAGGCUCCCCAACAGCAGCAGGCAACGUAUUAUCAGCAGCCUCUGCUGUAGGACUGACUAAUGGCAGACCUGACAUGAAUACAUACUUGAGAUAUUUCAGUUGUUAGCUGUGUAUUCAGUUGACUUACCUUGUGUGCGUGUGUGUGAGAGAGUGAGAUUCUUGCUUUCAGGUAGUACCUUCGGCUUUAUUGUGCCUGUCAAGCAGGACUGAACACACCCAGGAAGGUUGAAAUAACUGAAGCGUGUCCAUUACGCAGGUCUGCUGUGCUUCUGAGUCAGGAGUCAUCAGCUACUGUAUGUGAGGCGAAGUUUUCUCCUGUCCUUGAGCUCUUUUUCUAUAGAAGACUGAAAGCAACGCUGGUUUUCACACGUCACAGGUCAACACAAAAGAAGAGUUGGGUGCAGUGUAAUGUGCAGCGAUUGUCUGAUUUAUGGAAAUGAGCAUUUUACAAUCCAUAGUCUAUCAUAGCCUCUCCCAAACAGUGCUGGCCUCUUUUAAAGAAUCCACACAACAUCCUCCUAUUCUAAGGUGGAUAAAGAGGGUUAGGUUACAUUAGUGUAGGUAAAUUUGAGGAAACAAAAGAAGCUUAUUUUCCUUCUAUUCACACAUCCUGGUCAUGUAGCAGCAACUGCAGUCUCCUGUCACUGUCUAUUUGAUACAUUCAGUCACUAUACUUAUAUUACUAUUAUUAUUAUACGGCACUUACAGUAUUUUGGCAGCGCUACCAGCAAAAGAUAAGAUAAACUUAGUUACAAAGUGAAGUAAAAUAGACUAAAAUACUCCUUGCAGCUCUUCAAGUGCAAUUGCGCGAGUAAUCAAAACUGAAGCAUAUCUUUUCCCUCAAAUUACAGCUAAACUGUGUCUUCUACUGGCAGCCUGCAAGACAAUGUGUUGUGCAGAGUAAACAGAACUGAAAACACCAGUUGCAUGUCAUAACGUGGGCAGUGGAAACACUCCUAGAAGGCUGUUAGCUUUGCACGAUGAGCUAGUGUGAAAUUGACCUCAUUUGUUUCAAGUUUAUCUACAAUAAUGGCCUCACUGUUUUUGUUUUUGAUUGUAAUCACCAUCCAUGUUUUUAAGUCCCUGAGUGAGUUUUAUUCAGAUCGUCUCUUUGUUCUGUAGUGCUGAAAACACUCAUCUUUCUGCAACGCCAGCCAGCUUGUGUUAAAUCUGGGACACCCUUCAGGGCGAAGUGUACAGUUUCUCAAAAGGCAGAAGCCUUCCCCUUUUCUUUUUCUUUUUUUGUCACCACCAGCAUCCAUCACUAUAGCUGAUCUUGAGCAGAAUGACUGAAGUGCAAACUCUUAUAUUUCACCUGUAUGUUAACAGUUAGUACAAAUGGUUCAAAUAUGACUUCUUUUCCAUAAACCCACUGCCUUGUUAUACAUUUUGUGGCUGCAUUUGAGAUUUUCAAGUGAACUGUCCAUGUGUGGGGUUUUAUCACGUCUGCGUGUGCAUGUUUGUGGACUUUCACAGAAAAUCAUUAUUGUGAAAAAAGAAGAAAAGACACUGAUUUUCAAAGGAUUAUCAAACUUUAGGGUGAAAUCCUUUUGUGUGCUUGUUACUAAUCUGACGAAAUGCUGCAUCUCCUCAUGACGUCUUUUCUGCCUCUGUUUAUGUCUGGGAUCUCUUCCAUUUAGUGGAAACCUGCUAGGAAUCCAUGUUUUAUGCAAAUGAAAAAUACUGAGAUGUUUCACGUCUGUAUACUUUCAAAUCUCAAAUCUUGUCGAUGACUUUGCCUGUACUUUGAUUUAUAUAUAUUGAGACAUUAUACAUGUGUAAUUUACAAGGUUGGAGAAAAUGUGUAAUUAUUAUCAUUCAUACGUUGCUUCUGCUUUUACUUUAAUUUGUCUUGGUAAAAUGUAAAUGGAGCAAAAAAUGUAGUAAAUCUUUAGUUGUUAUAAAUGAAGAAGGAGAAGUGAGGCAUCGUGUUUUAAACCUACUGUUGUUUUUCUUCAGCUACACUUAAAGUAGCCCUCAUACAGUCCUGUUGCAGUAACUCCAUAGUUAUGAUUUUAGCCAGAGCUGUUUAUGCUUCCGUUGAGCACCUCGUGUUUAAAGGCAUUGUAUAUUAGAUGUAAAAUACCUGGAUUUGUCAGUGACUUUGGCAUCGCACCUUAGCUUUGUAAACAUUUAUUUACCACUGAAUGCCUUGUUUUUCUGUAGGAAUAAAAAGAAGCAAAGAAUGACAUAGACUCAACUUUGGCAAGUAACUUCUGUCUCAGAAAUCCUCUGGAUAUGUAUAAUUCUGUAUAUUUAAAAUAUUCCCGGAGAAGUUCAUUUAUCCAGGAUUUUAAAAUGGCUUUUGUAACAGAGCAGACUUAUAAAUAUUCUUUGAAAUAAAAAAUUACUUGUACUGAG